GCCGGGCCGGAGUGGGAGCCGGAGCGGAGCCCGAGCUGGGGCCGGAGCGGGUGGAAUGGAGCCCCCGAGCGCGCCCGCUCUGCGCCGCCUGCUGCUGCCGCCGCUGCUACUCCUGCUGCUGCCACUUCCCCCCCGCGCCCGGGCCAAGUAUGUGAGGGGCAACCUCAGUUCCAAGGAGGACUGGGUGUUCCUGACGAGAUUUUGCUUCCUCUCGGAUUACGGCCGACUGGACUUCCGUUUCCGAUACCCUGAGGCCAAGUGCUGUCAGAACAUCCUCCUCUAUUUCGACGACCCAUCCCAGUGGCCAGCCGUGUACAAGGCAGGGGACAAGGACUGCCUGGCCAAGGAGUCGGUGAUCAGGCCAGAGAACAACCAGGUCAUCAACCUCACCACCCAGUAUGCCUGGUCAGGCUGUCAGGUGGUGUCAGAGGAGGGAAUGCGCUACCUGAGCUGCUCUAGCGGCCGCAGCUUCCGCUCAGUGCGUGAAAGGUGGUGGUACAUUGCACUCAGCAAGUGUGGGGGAGAUGGGCUGCAGCUGGAGUAUGAGAUGGUCCUCACCAAUGGCAAGUCCUUCUGGACACGGCAUUUCUCUGCUGAUGAGUUUGGGAUCCUGGAGACGGAUGUGACUUUCCUUCUCGUCUUCAUCCUCAUCUUCUUCCUCUCCUGUUACUUUGGAUAUUUGCUGAAGGGUCGUCAGUUGCUCCACACGACUUAUAAAAUGUUCAUGGCUGCAGCAGGAGUGGAGGUCCUGAGCCUCCUGUUCUUCUGCAUCUACUGGGGCCAAUAUGCCACUGAUGGCAUUGGCAAUGAGAGUCUGAAGAUCUUGGCCAAGCUGCUCUUCUCCUCCAGCUUCCUCAUCUUCCUGCUGAUGCUCAUCCUUCUGGGGAAGGGAUUCACGGUGACACGGGGCCGCAUCAGCCACUCGGGCUCGGUGAAGCUGUCUGUCUACAUGACCCUGUACACCCUCACCCACGUGGCGCUGCUCAUCUAUGAGGCCGAGUUCUUUGACCCGGGCCAGGUACUGUACACGUAUGAGUCGCCAGCGGGCUACGGGCUCAUCGGGCUACAGGUGGCAGCUUACGUGUGGUUCUGCUAUGCCGUGCUCAUCUCCUUGCGCCACUUCCCAGAGAAGCAGCCCUUUUAUGUGCCUUUCUUUGCUGCCUACACCCUCUGGUUCUUUGCAGUUCCGGUCAUGGCCCUGAUCGCCAACUUUGGGAUCCCCAAGUGGGCCCGGGAGAAGAUUGUCAAUGGCAUCCAGCUGGGGAUCCAUUUGUAUGCCCACGGCGUGUUCCUGAUCAUGACACGCCCUUCGGCGGCCAACAAGAACUUCCCGUACCACGUGCGCACAUCGCAGAUCGCCUCGGCCGGAGCCCCAGGCCCCGGAGGAAGCCAAUCCGCAGACAAGGCCUUCCCGCAACACGUCUACGGGAACGUGACGUUCAUCAGCGACUCGGUGCCCAACUUCACGGAGCUCUUCUCCAUCCCCCCGCCCACCUCCUGCGUAAGCCCCGCGGCCCCGGCGCCGGAGGAGCUGCUGGCGCCGCCCCUGGAGUACUUGACCCCGCUCCCGGCCCCUCCACCGCCCUCCACGUCCAGGCGCCUGAGCCCACCCCCUGCCUUUCGCACCCCCAGCGCCCCAACGCCGCGCCGCGACCGUCCCCCGGCGCCCGCGCCCACCUUGCCGGACUGGGUCCUGGCGCUGUUGCGUACGCCCCCUCAGACACCCCGCGCGGUGCCCCCGCCGCCGCCGCCGCCGCCGGCCUUCCGCGGUUCUCCCCCGCCUCCCCGGCCGCCGCCGGAGUUCGCCCGGCGCACCCCGACGCCGCCCCUUGAGUACCUGGCCCCACUGUCCAGGCGCCCCUGACUGACACCUGCGCCCACACCUCGGGAGGGGGGAUCAUCGGGGGAAGAGGGACGGGCCUUCGGGGCCGCAUCUGCCCCCCGUGGGUCCUGGACGGCCUCUGACCCUGACCCCCCUCCCAGGCCGGGAAGCAGGUGGAGGAGACAGCGGUGGCGGCGGCGGUGGCCCCGAGGGGCCGCGUGGUGACCAUGGCCGAGCCGGGCACGGCCUCCC